GCAAUGAUCUGGUAUUAUAAUAUUAUAUGCAAUGUCAACUGUGAUUUUGCGCAAUGGCAUCUAUAACAAUAGCUCUUACUAUAUCCAAUAAGAACUUGAAAUAAAUUUAAUAAAGCGAGCCGACUACUUUUUCGAAAAUUAGACUUGAGCUGACAUUAUUCUCGCAAAGAACAAUACUAUUGCUAAAACAGGCUUUCGUUCUCAGUUCUACUAACCCUAUCCAACAAGAACAACAAGCCGACCACUUUUAUGAAAUCCGACCUGAGUAAAUGUUCUCACAAAGAACAAUACUGUCGCCAGAUCAUACUUCUUUUGCUCUCGGUCGUUGUCCGCACCGUGUCCCCACAACAACAAUGAAUAAUACCCUCCACGUUCCAGCACCAUUCUACUCCACCCCCCUAGAACAACGACCUUUACUCAAUAGGCCCUUGACUCCAGGAGGAGACGGAUUUGCAAUGCUCCUCCCACCCAACGUAAACUACCCUUGCCCGCCGGCACAACAACAAGCAGAGCAACCUCUCAACGAAGAGCUCACCGAUGCUGAUACCGACUUCGACUUCAGCCGUCAUCAACGGCCGUUUCGGACGAAUGCGAGCAAAGCAAAGACGGCAAAGCAAGAACAGGAAGAACUCGCGCAGGUGAAAGAGCAGGACAGUACCAAUGCUACGCCAAAGUCGACACGAUGCACAAAUUGCAAGACGGCAAAGAAGAAGUGUGAUCUGGUGGAGACGGGGCUCCCUUGCACAACAUGCAAGAGAAAAAAGUUACCAUGUGUGGGGUGUGAUAUCCCGCGUCGCCAAACAGUACUCCCAAAGAAGGCAAAAGCUACACGGAAGGUGGCUCCUGGAAUGUCUGCACGACUAGCAACAGGGCACGGUAUGGCGGCUGCUCCAACGCCAGCCCCAGCACCAGAAUUCCAGGGCACCGACUCCGUCGAGCCAAGGCUCUUCCGAAGAGACGAAGCACCACCUAGAGUACGAUCCGCAAGUCCACAAGGCGAAGCACUGUUCUCCGAUAAAUGCGACAACUGCGAACGGCACGAACGAUGCUGCGAAGAUACUCGACCGUGCUUCGAGUGUAUGGAGCAUAAUAUUGUCUGCUAUGGAACUUAUAUGGACAACCCAUAUCGAUCUGCCCAUGACGACUCCGACGGAUCUGGGAACGGAUGGGCAACCUUUGGACCAAACUUUGGUCUCUAUGACUGA